CUUUACAAGAUGAGAGAUACCAAAGCAACAGGUAAUUCCAUGAAUAUAAAAUCAUUGGAAGCAGUAGCAAUCUAAUUUGGAAUUUCAGGUUGUGCAGGCAUUAGCUAUACCUCCAGUCCUGGGUGGAACACCAAACAAGCUAUGUGCAGAAGAUUGUUCACUUCAUCAACAAAAGUUGCUCUACUGCUAUGGAUCCAAUGAAUAAAGGGUUCACAUGCCGAACUUCACAUGCACCAAGUGCGCAAAUGCAGCAAUGUGAUAACGUUACUGGUGGCAUCUUUGAUGGAAUGAUCUUAAGCAUUAGGGGUUCGGCUAUUUACAGCCUUACAAUGUUGGUGUAUGGUGGUCCAGCUCACCCUGGAGCCUUGGAGUCCAAGUGAAGCUAAGCCCCAGCAGAGGCCAUGGUAAUAGCCGGCGGUGGCCUCUGUCCACUGGGUGGCCCUGCGCGGAGCACCGGCAUGGGCUACGUGUGCCUGGCUGCCUGCAUUCACUUGCCGGAGAAGCGCCGUCGCCAUCAUGUUCGUCGCUCUCGGCGCAAAAGCUAGGCUCCCAGAUCGGGAGUGAUGGUCGCCGGUAACGUAGUAAUCAUGCCAGAAAAAGACGUGGACCCAGAGAAGGAUAACACUACUGCGCUGGGAUGCCGAUACCUAGAAGUUACCGUUUCCAUUGGAACAGAGCUUAGUCUUUGACUGCCUAAAUCUCCAGUCUAACCAUGGUGCCGAAGAUCCUGCAGCAGCCGUCCAAUGACCCAAUACAGUGCACUGUACUGAUCCUGGCAAUCACCCCAGGGAAAAUGUCGCCGGUUUCUGCCCGUUUUCCCCAUGCCCAUUAUUCGUGCAUUAUUCCUGGCUGUUAAGCUCGUGGGCGAAGGAAUUUUCGUACGGUACAAGAACACCAGCAGCAGAGCCUGAAGCUGGAGGAGAAUCCCAAGUCCUCGCACAAACCACUCGUGCCUCGCAAGCUGGGGCGGUGCCGGAUGCCAAUUCCUCCAGUGUUUCUCCAGCUAAUUCCUCCCGGCAUUCAACAUGGCAGGAGGAUGUUGUUUGUUUAUUUGAGAGUUCACAUGAGAGGACGGACAGCUCAAAUGUCAUUGUUAACGCUGUGCCAUCUGUCGGUUACCUCUCCGAUUCAGUCCAGUUCAAAUCAAACUGCAGCAGUAGCAGCACAGGCAGCUCGUGAGGCAGAGCGCGACGAGGACAGGGACGCUCGACGCGAUCUCGUCCUGGUAUCAUGGCGCUGCUAUGCUAAAAACACGAGGAAAAGAAAAUGCAGCAAGAGGACAGGACAGGAGGGCUGGCCAGCCGUCUGAGGUCGACGAACAGCAGCCAAGCGGGUUGAAUGAAUGAAUGAAGCAGCAGGAUCUGGCUUUCACGUGGCUGCCCUUUCUGCCCUCGGCUCCUCCCUCGCUUACACACACCAUGGCAGAAAUCAGGAUUGCCGGUUGCAAGGCCCAAGGCGGUUGCCCCACAUGUCCCCCCCUGCGACCAUCUCCUUGUUAAUUAUGCAGUGAGGUAAAAAAGGAAGAAAAAAGGCAGAUGCAACUGAAGAAUGGACGGCAGUGUAGUGGAAAGAGAGGGGAUGGUUCGAGUGACGCCAGUAAUGCACUUCACGGGUGGCCGUCACGGUCUCUCGGACAAAACCGGCUCCUGUGGUCAUCAAAUCCCAUGCUUCUUUUCGAGGCGCGGGGUACACCUCUCCCAGACUCCCACAGAGAGCGUGCUCCAAUUCAGCACCAGCCUCGCCUCACCUUCACUCCCCAGACACAGGCACCCGGCACCUUCCGCUUCAAGCCUCCUCCACUUCAGCAGCCGUCGCCCGUGCCCUCCCCUGCCGCGCGAGCUCAAAAGCAGAGCCGCACGCAGGAAGCGCCCGCCUCCGUCGCCACCCACUGCAGAUUACUAGAAGCUAGCAACAGCCCAAGCACAAGCCGGGUAUCACACGCGCAUCCACCCGGAUAGAAGAAGGAUCGGAGAAUGGCUGCGCAGGCCAUGGAAUGCAGGGUGAAUGGCGGGGGUGGGGAGGGCGGCGGUGGCAUGAGGACGGUGGAGUGCCUGAGGGGCAGGCUGCUCGCGGAGAGGGUGGCAUCCAAGGCUGCCAAGGAGGAGGCCGACCAGCUGGCCAAAAGGCUGGACGAGCUGGAGAAGAAGCUCGCUGACGAGGUGAAGGUGAGGAACAAGGCGGAGAGGAGGCUCAGAAGGGCCAUCAAGAAGCUCGAGUCCCUCAAGAUUCUGGACGUGGAGCUCUCGGACGGCUCCAUCAGCUCGCUGUCCUCCAAUGGCCGCUCCGGUCACCAGGCGCCGGAGGUGGAUGAGAGGAACAGCCCUGGCUCGUUGACCACCAAUGAUUCCGUGCCGUAUGGUCCUCAAGGAGGUGGCGAUGCUGAUGCCGACAGUUCCAAGGGCUCCUCCGCCGGUUCCUGUACUCAAGGGAACUCCCAGGGCGGGAGCUGGUGCUCCGUUGUGUCCGAGCAAUCCCCGGCUGGUGCAUGCAUGGAUCUUGCCGGCACAAACAACAGCAGCAGCAGCUCUGAGGAGAGUGCCGCUGAUCAUGAUUCAGAGAGGCAACACCUUGAUGCAUCCAGUGGCUGUGGCUCAGCGAAAUCCGAAGCAGAAUCAUUCCACGACAGCGACAACAGGCUAGCGCUUGUGCUAGUAGAUCCCCAGCUCGUUGCACAAGCGGACGGUGGCUCGAGAACGGAGGACAACGACAGGCAAACAGCGGAGCUCCAUGCCGUGACCCACGACUACGAGGAAGCACAACAGGAAGAAGAAGAGACCAACAGGCUCGCCAUCGUUCUGGCCGACCCCCGGCCCCAGCCGGCCACCGCGGGAGCCGGUGCGCCGAAGCCGCACGCCGACGUGGAGUCCGUUCUCCUGGCGCUGCGGCGGGUCAAGGAGCAGCUGCGCUACACGAUCGAGCGGCGGUCGGAGCUCGUCGCGCACCGGGAGCUCUACGGCCACUGAGGCCACCGGGAGCGCGCUCGGGCGUUCACCAUCAGACCUGCAGUGAUUUAUUCUAUUCAUAAUGCUGUUUACGGGUGCAUCUGUUCCUUUUCACCUGCAGUGAUUUAUACAUAACCUGUUUAGGGAGUGUCUGUAGAGAAUGGAAUAAGAUUGGCUCGUGUGGAGCCACGCUGCUUACAGGGAAUGGAAUUCUUGGUAGCUUAUCUGUUUC